AUGGAUACCUUGCUGACGGCCGAGAUUGCGGCCAAUGCGCCUCGCUACCGACGCAAAAGCUCGACCUUUAUCGACGGCAUCCACGAUGUCCCCGAAGAUCGAGACAUGGCCCCGGCCCAGCUCUACAGCACCAUGUCCGGCAGACUCUUUCACUCCGGUCGCAUCGCCAUCGUCAUGGUCGGCCCACCGGCUCGUGGCAAAACCCAUAUCUGCGUAUCCAUGUCGCGUUACCUGCAAUGGCUCGGAGUCAAGACCCGCAUCUUCCAUCUGGGCGAUUACCGCAGGGCCACGAUAGGCCCUGAGGGUGCUGUGCCCGAGGACUACUUCUUCCCCAAUGCCUCCCCGGCCUCUCUCAUCCUGCGCCAGAAGAUCCUCAAGAAGUGCCGCGAGGACAUCUAUGCCUGGCUCAACCACGAGAACGGCCAGGUCGCCAUCUACGAUGCGGUAAACCCCACGGCCAGUGGAAGGCGUUCGCUGGCCAAGGAGUUCUUGAAGCACGACGUCCAAACGCUGUUCAUCGAAUCGUUUGUAGAUGACGACCGCAUCCUCCAUGAAAAUGCCCGUAACGUCAAGAUCUCGUCACCCGACUUUGCCAACAUGGACCCGGACCAAGCUGCGAAGCUGUACCUUCGACGUAUCGACAUGAAGAUUCCCAUGUUUGAGACGAUGAACGAGAAGGAGAUGAAUUACAUCAAGAUGAUCAAUGCCGGUGCCAAAUUCUUCUACAACAACGUCAGCUUCAACUACCUCUCUCACCGGAUCGUCUUCUACCUCACAAACAUCCACAUCAAGUCGCGCACGACCUUUUUCGUCCGCGCCGGCCCCACAACGGAAGAGGACGAGUCGUUUAGGUCAGACGCGCCACUCUCUGACAAGGGCCGAGACUAUGCCCAGAUCAUGUCGGACACUCUCCUGAAGCACCGCGAGCAGGAGUCCCUGGAGCGUGCUGCCAAGACAGGAGCCGCUAUCCCUCUACGUCCCUUGUCUGUGUGGACCUCGACCCGUCUCAAGACGGUCCAGACGGCCGAAUACCUCAAGGGUAAGGGCUACAAGGUGCGUCAGCGCUCGCAGAUGAGCCAGAUCAACCCCGGCGCCUGCGAGAAGAUGUCGGAACACAUGAUACGGAAACUAUACCCAGACGAGGUCGAGAAGCACAAGCUGGACCCGUACCACCACCGAUACCCCCGAGCCGAGUCGUACCACGACCUUGCCGUUCGUCUCGAACCCAUCAUCCUGGAGCUGGAGAGGGAGCAGAGCGACCUGCUCAUCAUAGCCCACGAGUCUGUGCUGCGUGUGCUGUAUGCAUACCUCAUGCACUGCUCGACAAUGGACAUCCCGCUGCUCAACUUCCCGCGAGACGAGAUCAUCGAGAUCAUACCGGCGGCGUACCAGAACGAGGCCAGGCAUAUCCGCAUACCCGGGCUCGAGGCCAAGAUGAUACCCAGCUCCCCGGACGACGCCAACAUCCCUCUGAGCAUAGGCAGCGCCCCGCCUAGCAGGUGCGCCAGCGGAGCGGCGAGCGAGAUAGCAUCCGGUCAGAUGAGCCCUCUGCCCGGGGGUCUGGGCAGCCCUCUGGAGUCGGGGACGGAGAAGGCGGGGGACAAGGUGAAGAAUACGGGCAAGCAGAUGGUGGCCGGCAAGGUGAAUGAUGAGGAUUAG